GCGGGAGGGCGGGCGGCGGCGGGAGCCGGCGAGGAGCGGCGGGGCCGCGGCGCCGCCAUAGAGACUGUAGCCGUGGAGACUGUUACUUACCAACGCCGACCAGCACGCAGCGCCGCCGCCGCGGGAGCCGCCGCGAACUCCCGGCCGAACUCCAGGAGGAGCAUGCAGAAUUCUGAGGCAGGAGCAGACUCGCCUGCAUCCGUGGCUCUUCGACCCACAGCAGCUGCAGCCCAGCCGGUGCCCGCCUCCCCGCAGAGGGUGCUGGUCCAGGCGGCAGGCCCUGUGCCCAAGGGGGCCCUGAUGCAGCCACUGACUCUCCCCAGAGUUCCACAGGUUCCUCAGCAGGUCCCGCCCGUGCAGCACGUGUACCCUGCACAGGUGCAGUACGUGGAAGGGGGCGACGCCGUCUAUGCCAAUGGAGCCAUACGAGCAGCCUACGCCUACAACGCCGAGCCGCAGAUGUACGCCCCCAGCAGCGCAGCCUCUUACUUCGAGGCCCCCGGUGGCACCCAGGUGACAGUGGCAGCCUCAUCCCCACCCUCGGUCCCUGCUCACAGUAUGGUGGGCAUCACCAUGGAUGUCACAGGGAACCCCAUCGUGUCCAGCGCCGGGGCCUACCUCAUCCACGGGAUGGAUGGCGCCAGGCACUCUCUGGCCCACACUGCCCGGUCCUCGCCAGCCACGCUUCAAAUGGCGAUUGAAAACCUCCAAAAAAGCGAAGGACUCACCCCACACAAAAGCAGUUUACUCAACAGCCAUCUGCAGUGGCUGCUGGAUAACUACGAGACGGCCGAGGGCGUGAGCCUCCCCAGGAGCUCCCUGUACAACCACUACCUGCGCCACUGCCAGGAGCACAAGCUGGACCCCGUGAACGCCGCCUCCUUCGGGAAGCUCAUCCGCUCCGUGUUCAUGGGGCUGCGCACACGGCGCCUGGGCACCAGGGGCAACUCAAAGUACCAUUACUACGGCAUCCGUCUGAAGCCGGACUCCCCCCUGAACCGACUGCAGGAGGACACUCAGUACAUGGCCAUGCGGCAGCAGCCCCUGCACCAGAAGCCCAGGUACCGGCCAGCCCAGAAGACAGACAGCCUUGGGGACAGCAGCUCCCACAGCAGCCUGCAUAGCACACCUGAGCAGACCAUGGCUACGCAGAGCCAGCACCACCAGCAGUAUAUCGAUGUGUCCCACGUGUUCCCAGAGUUCCCGGUGCCUGAGCUGGGCAGUGUGCUGCUGCAGGAGAGCGUCACACUGCGUGAUGUCAAGGCCCUGCAGCUGGCGUACCGACGGCACUGCGAGGUGACCUCCCUGGCCCCGGGUGGCCUGGGUGGCAAAGAGGCCACCUUGGAUGUCGUCACAAACCUCCAAUUCCACUACAUCGAGAAGUUGUGGCUGUCUUUCUGGAACGCCAAAACCACCUCCAGCGAUGGCCCCGCCUCCCUCCCUGCCAGUGACGAGGAGCCGGAGGGACAGAUGACACUGCCCCAGGACAAGCUCAUCUCGCUGUGCAAGUGCACACCCAUCCUCAAGUGGAUGCGGAGCUGCGACCACAUCCUGUACCAGGCGCUCGUAGAGAUACUCAUCCCAGAUGUGCUGCGCCCAGUGCCCAGUACCCUGACGCAGGCCAUCCGCAACUUUGCCAAGAGCUUGGAAGGCUGGCUGACCAACGCCAUGAGCGACUUCCCACAGCAGGUCAUCCAGACCAAGGUGGGCGUGGUCAGCGCCUUCGCUCAGACCCUGCGGCGCUACACUUCUCUCAACCACCUGGCGCAGGCUGCUCGCGCUGUGCUGCAGAAUGCCUCCCAGAUCAGCCAGAUGCUCAGCGACCUCAACCGCGUGGACUUUGCUAACGUGCAGGAGCAGGCCUCGUGGGUGUGCCAGUGCGAAGAGAGUGUGGUACAGCGGCUGGAGCAGGACUUCAAGGUGACCCUGCAGCAGCAGAGCUCGCUGGAGCAGUGGGCUCGCUGGCUGGAUGGUGUGGUCAGCCAAGUGCUCAAGCAGCACGCGGGCAGCCCCAGCUUCCCCAAGGCUGCGCGACAGUUCCUGCUCAAGUGGUCGUUCUACAGCUCCAUGGUGAUCCGAGACCUGACCCUGCGCAGUGCCGCCAGCUUCGGCUCCUUCCACCUCAUCCGCCUGCUCUAUGACGAGUACAUGUUCUACCUGGUGGAGCACCGUGUGGCCGAGGCCACUGGGGAGACGCCCAUUGCUGUCAUGGGGGAGUUCAGUGACCUCACCUCCCUGUCGCUGACGCUCCUUGACAAAGAUGACACUGGCAAUGAGCAGAGCGCUGAGAACUCCCACAGCCUGGGGGAGCCCCUGGUGAAACGUGAGCGCAGUGACUCAGGCCACCACCUGCAUGGUGGCAUCUAGCACCAGCCCUGGGCGCCUUCCAGACUCCAGGUCCCAGAAGAUAUCACCCAGUCAUCCUGGGAACCUGGACUUCCAGGCCCCACCACACUUGUGCCUCUCAGACAACUUGAUGUUUACUCUGACUUGGGCCCUGGGGUGGCGCACUCAGGACUGAUGGGAGAAAAACAGUUCUUGACGCUGCCAAAGUUGUGGUGAAGCCCCUGCCCCCAGUUCCAGGGAUGCCCCCUGCCGCAGUGUGAGCUUCACACCAUGUCCCCAUCAGAGCUGGAGGGGCUGUGUGGAGAGCCGGUCCCCACCAUGGACUGCAGCUUCUCUAGUAGUUUUCACCACGAUGACAAGCAACAGCCUAUCCCCGCCUGGUUCGGCACUAGUAGGGGGCACAGAGCCCCAGCCCCCCAGGUGCCCUUGGGAACAGAGUCCCCAGUGCUUCUGGGCAGGAGGACCCUAUCCCAGUGUGUGCCUUGUGGCCUUUGGUGGCCAGAUGGUCCCAGGCAUCCUGCCCUAUGCAGCACCAUCUCCAAACGACAGAGCCACAGCCUGAGAAAGAACAAGCCAUAGAAAUGGGUCUGCUCGUGUCCUUAAAAACUCACAACAGAAAGUUUGAUCUGAAAUAGAAAGCACCCAGGGUCACAGCAUCCAGCCAGGCUGUGGGAGCCACUCCUCUGUGUUCUGUGUCCCCUCCUGGAGUCUUCCAAGUAGCUCCUUCAAAGUGGAAACUCUGGGGACAGAUGGCACCCAAGGACUGGCACAGCCCUGAACUCAAGACUGUCAGGGCUUUGUCCCUGAACCCUGCGCAGAGACCACACAGAAAGUGCUGUCUAGGGAGGUGCCAUGCAUCCUCUCACUGGAAAAUGUUUAUGCCAAUAGUUUUGUGCUCUACGUGUUCUUAGAAGGUUCUAUAUGAAUGUGUAUCUCACACA